CGCUUUUUUCCUCUUCCUUUCCCAUUUCAUGUCGUUCUCGACUUCAGUCGCUGCUCGGCUGUAGAAUAGAGCGCGCGCCUCCGACACCCUGCAAAUCGCGCACUUCCGGAUCAACACAUUUAUUCCACACUCCUAAAGAGUGACCGAGAGGACCUACAUUAUAUCCAGAGCUUAACUUAUUGUCGAUCUGCAGCUUCAGGAAACUGGUAUUACCUCUCAGUCAUGGGAAACAGCGUGUCCGGAAUCCCACCGCUCCAGAGAGGAUAUCACAACAGAUUUCACAGACUUCACAACUCCCAUAAAGAUUCUCUGGGUGGCCCAUUCCCUCCAUCCACUCACCGAUGCCACCAGAAGCCGAAGCGCUGCUUGCCCUUACAGCCAUGCAUGGGUAUUCCCGUCAGCCCACUGCUCUUCCACCCCAGUGCCAAGGGCUCACAGAUCGUCAUGGACGGGGCCCAGAGGACGGUCAAAAGACAGGCCAGCUUUUGCAACGCUAUCACCUUCAGCAACAGACCCAUCGCCCUGUACGAACAGGUCCGCCUCAAGAUCACGAAGAAGCAGUGUUGUUGGAGUGGUGCUCUGCGUCUGGGCUUCACCUCCAAAGACCCAUCACGCAUCAACCCAGACAGCCUGCCCAAGUACGCGUGCCCAGACCUUGUGUCUCAGAAUGGAUUCUGGGCCAAGGCUCUGCCCGAGGAGCUAGCCAAUGAGGGCAACCUCGUCGCCUUCUGGGUGGACAAGAAGGGCCGCGUCUUCUACCGCGUCAAUGGCUCCAGUCCCAUGCUAUUCUUCAGCGGAGUGCGCACCACUGAACCGCUCUGGGCACUCAUCGAUGUCUAUGGUCUGACUCGAGGAGUCCAGCUACUCGAUAGUGAGAUCAUCCCUCCAGACUGUCUCCGUCCACGUUCCUUCACUGCAGUACGAGGCCCCUCAUCCCUGCGACGUGAGGCAGAGUCCUCCCGCCUGUCCGUCAGCCUCUGUGACCUCAACCUGGCACGAGACGAGGCAAGACUCCGCCUCCCAUCCGCACCCAUCACCAGCUCCCGCCCCAUUCCACAAAAUUCUCUGAACUCGUUCCUCCCAGCUGCCCUGGAAAGCGAGCUGCGUUUCCAUCAGCUGCGGGGCAGCCACCUUAAAGCCGUGGAUGAGCAGACAGUGGCACGCUGCGGUCACGGGCACGAAGAAGAAGGCACACUGGUAUUCACCGAGCGUCCAUUGCGCCUCUCAGAGACCAUCUACAUCACAGUGAGCAAGUCAAGCCUGGCUCGCUCAGGCUCACUGUCCUAUGGUGUGACCUCGUGUGACCCCGCCACACUGCGCCCAAUGGAGCUUCCCUCAAACCCAGAGGAGCUGGUGGACCGCAAGGAAUUCUGGGCUGUGUGCAAGGUGCCCUCUUCGCUCCACUCUGGAGAUGUCCUGAGCUUCCUCCUCACACAGGAUGGAGAGCUGAUCCUGAGCCAGAACGGCACCAGCGCAGGCAUGCAGGCAUGUGUCGAUAACUCCCGCCCACUCUGGAUGUUCUUUGGGCUGCAUGGUGCCAUCACGCAGCUAAGGAUUUUGGGGUCUAUCCACCCGAGUGAUACUCAAGGCCCAUCCAGCCCUAGCUCACCCUCCUCUUCCUCACCUCACUCACUUGGAGCAGGCCUAUGCAGUGGCAGCUCAGAGCCAAUGAUAAAUGCAGGCUGCUCUGGAGCUUUCUGCACCUCCGUCACAGGAACAACCCCAAGCUCACCCGUCCAUCUCUCCAAGUCCCCCACCUUCCCAUCAUCCUCCAGCUCAUGGCUGGACGAGUGCUCCAUCUGCUACGAGAACGCAGUGGACACGGUUAUCUAUGCGUGUGGUCACAUGUGCCUGUGCUACAGCUGUGGCCUGCGCCUCAAAAAGAUGGCCAACGCCUGCUGUCCAAUCUGCAGGAGGGCUAUUAAAGACAUAAUAAAGACCUACCGGAGCACAUAGGAGCCAUAUUCCACUUCUGUAAUACACCAUACGAUGGCCCAUGAGGGCCAAAACAAAGACACAAAAUGAGACCCUCACAUACGGGAAAGAGGUUUCUGGUUCAGGGACAUAUUCAUGGCCUUUCAUGGUUCCCAUGGUGAUGAAUUUGAACCUUAAAGGCUCAGGCAUCCGUCCUCAAAAAGGUCUCUUACAGUUUCAUGCACAAGGCUUUGUUGCUACGGUAACCAGUCGUGACGCUGCUCAGGAAAGGAGGAUUCUGACUAAAGCGCUCCACAUAGGAGAAAAAGGAGACGUAAAACUGUAAACAGCCUCAAGCAAAUCAGGAAGUUCCAGGAGACAUUAAUAUCUGAAAUGUUAAUAUCUCCAUCUUAUUUUCAACUCUUUCAACUCUAUUUGAGCCAUAAGAGACUCGAAGGGUCUCGUCCGUUUGCAGAAGUGGAAAGCUGGACACCAUGUUUAACAUUGAAAGAUAUGGAAGUGGAUCUUUGUUUUCUUCAGCCUGUUGGCUGCCCUUAAAAACUCAAACUUUUCUGUCAGAUUCAUGUUAAAUGUUUCAGUGUCACAAUUUCUGUCUGUGUACAGCUGAGAUUAAUACACAUAAAACACACAAACACACACAUGUACAGUAUGCCCCAAGCCUCAUGCUCUUAGAGCUAAUGCUUAAGCUACUAUUCCAGAUAGCUUGCUAAUGCUACAUGCUUUGCAGUCAGUGUUGAUGUCUUGAAUCGAUGAAAGGACCUUCAAGCACUGAUGACAGUGCAAUGCUGUGUUAAGCAGCGGUAAUGUGAAUCCUCAGUUCACUGCUGAUACAAACAGAUUAGAAAUUUCACACGAUAAGCUGGUGCUGCUGAUGUGCCGGAUUAGUCAAAUAUCAUUUAAUCUCAUGUUAGUCAUAGUUUUCUUUACCAGGCAGUUAAAUAAUACCUAAAAUGGGAUCAAUUCUAAAUAAAUCGAGUAUUAUGGCAUUUUUAAGCUAAGCAUAAGAAUAAUAUAGCUUGAAAUAUCAGGCACAAUUGCAGUUUCUAAGGAGAACUUGCUACACUUUACAGGACUAUAAUGAGGCUAUGCUGGUGUACAUUAAUAGUGUAAUGUUAACAGGACCACACAUUAUAGCGGCAUUAUGAGAAAGUCGAAACUAAUUUUUUGAAAGUGGCAAAUAAGCUAGUGGCUCAGCUUGUGUUUACUGUGGAUGUUUGAUAUUUGUGUCGUGGUUUUGGGAAACUCCAUCAGAUGUCGCUGUGGUUGUGAGUUCUCAUCAAAAAUCAGGUUUUGGCCAAAAUCAUCCAAGAUCAACUUUAAGAUACCAUUACUACUGUAUAUUUCACCAAAAUGACAUGGAAAUGUUUUGGAUUUCUUCCUGCAGAAGUCACAGUAGGAAGGAGCCAGUUUAACAAACGCAGCAGUAAAUGUAGACAGUUUACCUAAAUACGUCUAAUACCUUAAAAAGUCAAGAUCUCAUACAAAUUCUGUUUUAACAAGCAUUUCAAUCCACACCGGCAGUAUUAGAGACACAUCAAAGCCAAGCUUGCAUUUCCCACUGCCUUUGUUUUACACUUCACGUCUAUUUUUUGACUCGCACAUGUGAGUGAAGAGUAAACUCCUGAGAAAUCAGCUGAAAUCACAAACCACACUUUUUAUACAGUGCACACUUUAAAGCAUAAUCCAGAAAGAUCAUGAUUGUGCAACCUGGAAUUAUAAAGCUACGUGUUUGCACAGUAUGAUACUGUUAUACCAACACGGGGAAGCAAAUUAAAACACAAACAUCCUAGUUGUUCAACAUCGUAAUGCCUUAUGUCACAUUUUUAAUGAAGUUGAGCAAUGUGAUUUUUCACUUCUUUUGGUUUUUAGGUGCUUUAUCGUUGUAUUAGUGCACUCGUAAUGACAGUUGGCAAGUAGUUGAUGGAGUAUGGAGCAGAUUUCCUCAUCUUGUUCUUAUAUUUAUACAAUAGUUAGUUACGGUCCAUUAAUUCGAUUGAUCAAGUGGCGUUCCAAUAGUACUUAUAUUUCCUAUAACCACACAGGGGAGUUUCACUCGUCUUAUGUUCGCCAGAUAAACAUUCCACUUCCUGUUUCAAAAUGGUUACUACACACCUGGGUAAAAAAAAAGGUUUUAACAAUAAAUCACUGGUCGGAAAAUUAGCAAGGAUUAAACUAAUGCACUCGUGAGACUUCCUGUGAUAUUGCCUCACGAUUUCGUCUCCACCUUGUUCAUAUGACACAGGUGAAUUCACUUAUAGUGUCUUCUAGAACACUACAGUAAAAUCAUGAUAAUGAUUAAAACAUUUGAUGAAAAUUCAAACUAACAUGUCUGUAUGUACAAAAUUAAAUUAAAUAAAAAAAAAAUAAAAAUGGUAAAUUUAAAAAAAGAAUAAAAAGCUGUCUGCAAGUUUACCCACAAGGCUUAAACAUUUAAAGAAAUUAAAAAGAAAAGCUAUUCCAUACUAUACUAUUACUUAAUGUAUUGUUUAAUUCUUGCUAAUUUUCAGACCAAUGAUUUGUUAAGACCAUUAAGAGCUUAACAUUUUGCCAUUUGGGGCUUGGCCCAUUUUUUCUUUUUUUUGCCCAGGACUGUAGAGUAAAGUUACUAACAUCAUCAGUGGACGUAACAAACAAUACGUUUGAUUUAAAAUAUGAAAGCUCAUCAGAUGAAGAAGAAAAGGAAGAAUGAUGCCAAUUUUACUGGAAACGCUUUUAACAAUCACAUACAAAUAAAUGUGAGCUAGCUAGCCAGGUAGUAGACAUGCUAUAAAGUGAGUGUGGCUUCUUCUGGAUUUAUUUCUGCUAGGGGAGUAAAAAUAAACAAAACAUAUGGCCAUAUUGUGUCUGAAAUGUCACUUACUCGAUAUUAAUUUCUCUUUUAUAGAACUGAUGCAUAAAAACAAUAUUGUACUCGCAAUCGUGCAGUUAUACUGAAUAUCGGAACGGAUGUGAUCACCUAUGACACUCUUGCUUGUGCGAUAUUGCUUAAUUAUAAAAUCCUGUUUAGCAAAGUGAGUUACAAACUGAGGGAUAUUUAUACAGGAAUCUAAGGAGGUAAUGAGUAACAGGUAAGAGUCAUAUGUAAAUAGGAGAAUCUCAUUGGAUUUGCUGAGAGGUGGGCGUGGUUAAUGGUGGCGUGAUUAUGGUAGCUCUCUAGGCUUAUUUCAUUAUUUAUUAAAUGUUAAACAGUUAAACAAUGACUGGGAAUAUAAAUUCAGAUAUACAUAAUAAAUGAUCAGAUGCUGGAGUUGCCCAGAUUAAAUUCUCUUGCCAGUAGGCCGUACAGAAUUGCAGCUGAGAUGCAUCUGGUGUAUAUUGACGGAUCUUGAUGCAAAACUUACGCAACACAUCCGGCAUGAACUCGGGGUUAAUAUCUAGAUGUCAUGAUUUGAUUACGUCGUCGAAUAGUUCUGUUGUGAAAUGGACAUAAAUCUAAUCAAUUCAGUAUUGAAUCAGAUACUGGCUCUCAAAAUGUCCAUGAUGCUUUUGAGCUGUAGUCGGAAUAAAAAAUUUAAUUUCCUUUUUCACUUUUGUGAGUGAGUAGUUCAGAAUUACAUACAGUAGAAAAUCUCAAAAUUUCAUGAUUAUCAGGGUUUUCCACGCAACCACAGAUAAUACAAACACAAUGCAGUUAAAAAGUUCCUUUUAUAUAGGAUUAUAGAAAUUGGAAAUUCUUGCAGUAGACAUGGUAGUUAUGACUGCACACAAUAAAUGAUGAAUUAUUCCUUAUAAUAUAAAAUUUAAAUAGUUGCAUAUUAUUCAUUUAAAAAUGAGGCAACAAUGUAUAAAAUGGUUGUUGCUCCAGCUGUAUUUAGCAGGUUUGUGUGUGAUAGGAUAUGUAAAAAAAAAAAAAAAAGAAAAAGAAAAGAAAAAAAGAAAAGAAAAGAAAAGGAAAAAAACAGGGAACCAGUUAAAUCUUUGAAAGGCUGAAUGGCAGUAGCCAGGUGGAUAAAUACGUAGGUAAAUAAAUGACUUAAUAAUCACUUUUACACACUUUUAAUUCAAAAACCUAUUUACAAUUGAACUGGGAGGGAAAACAGUGAAAUGCUGAUUUUUUUUAUCGUCAUUUUAGCUCACUGCAGGCGCAUGGCUCUGUUGUCAGUUUUGCAAUUCAAGUGUUGAAAACAGCUUCUUGAAUCACUCGGCACAUGCAAUUGCCAUGGAGACGGGAAUCUUGGGAGCAGGAACACAGCCUUGAGAUGUUAAACAAUGAAAAGAUCAUUUGUCGGACAAGGCUGUUUGGUUUGCCUGGGCAAUCCAUAAUUCACCAAGUACCCUCUUUAUUCAAGGCCAAAUCCGACAUUUUGCAGGAUAAUAGCUACUCGAGGGCAGCGGGGAAACACAAGCCUGAAGACAUUUUGAGCUAGCACAUGCUUUUAUUAUAGCUUGUAAUUACAAGAUACAUAGAGAGGUUGAGGAUGAAAUGGUUUUGAAUGAGGAGGAAGGAAGAUAGAGCUGAUGUAUGGGGGACAAAGGGAAGGAUUUCAGCAAGGUAUUUUGCUUUAUGAGUGCUUUUAGCCAUACAUUUCACAGCUGGAGAUGGACUGAUGAUGUCAUGAUACACCCUCUUUAAGAGUAAAUGUAGAAUAGAGUUAGUCUACACUGAAUGUCAAUAACAUUCUUAUAGUUUAGCACAUCAGCAUGCAGAUGGAUGGAUCACGGCCACAUAUCAGGAACAUUAUCGAUGAGGUUUUGUUUUUGUUUUUGUUUUUUUGGCGGAAAUCAAUCUUGGCAGCCAGGGCUAAAAUCUAUGCUGCUAUAGCAACAGUCAGUUCAUCAUCAGGCAACGUUAUAAUGACGUUCAUCUGGACUUUGCUCCACUUCAUCGCUGCUGUCACAAGAAAAUCUCAAAUUUUGACAUUGUGUAGAUAUUUAAAAGCUGGCUGUCCUUUUUUAUGUAGUCGAGGUUAGUUAGAAAUCAGCAUAUGUUUUGUAAUAAUUAUGAUAAAACAAUAGAAAGCCUAGUUAUUCUUCUUCUUGGAUGAAAAUACCAUACAUGCAAUAUUGUUUUCUUUUCCACAAGACUUGGAGCUGUGUGAUUUGCUUGAGGCUGGUUAUUAACUUUUAAAUGUUAAUUUAUGUCCAUUGAUCAUGACCUGAAUUUCAAUUCUAGCUCUCACAGACUAUCCAGUGUGUUUCUUUGCUAAGAUGGGCCUAAAAAUCAGGAUUGUUUUAUUAGAUGUUCCUCUAUGGGUGACACUGUAAUAUAUUUCCUGAAUCUAGAAGAAGAAGAUGCUUAGCUUGUAACCAUGAGCUAUACUGUGGGAUUUUGCAGUGAACAAUCAUAAAUACUGUAUGUUUCUUGUGGGUAUAAAAUAAGCACACAACAGCGACAAAGUACAAUCUUUACUUUUACUGCAAUGCUAAGAAUUAAGAAAACCUAUUUUGUGAAUAAAGACUUAUAAUUUAUAAUUGGGGAAGCAUUGCUGCGUCAGCCCCAGAGAAUGCAAUUCGAUCCUGAGUUUGAGUUAUUGUCUGUGUGGAGUUUGACAUGUUCUCUCUUUGUGUUCAUGUUUGUUUUCUCCGAGCUCUCCAAUUUCCUCAUAAUGUCCAAAAACAUGCCAUUAGGUUGACUGGCUAUGCUGAAUUGCCCCGGGUGUGACUGUACGUCUGCUUGAUGCCCUGUAAUGGACUGGUGUCCUUUCCAGGGUGUAUUCCCACCUCACGCCCAGUGCUCCCAGUAUAAGCUCCUGAACCACCACAACUCUGACUAUGAUAAAAUAGUUAUUAAAGAUGAAUGAAUGAAUUUAUAAUCAGAUUGAAAUGCUCAUAAGGGCCCUCCCUGUGUUUUGAAGUCACUUUAUAAAGCUUGUGAUUGUACUGUACAUUUCUAAACGUCUUUAUCUCUGUGGUUAGAGAUAUGACCUAUGACCACUUUAUGUUGAUGUCCUGACCAAAUGUAUUAAUCCAGCAUUGAAGAAGCAUACUAGUCCUGUCCUAAAGUGAAACUCGCUGUGAUUCUAUCUGUUAUGAUUUACCUUGUUAUAUUGGAUUUUAAUGAAAAGUCAAACAACUUACAGUACAUCUCUGUUCUCAUCAUGAUGAGUAUUAUGUUUGCUGAGGCCCUAUAAGAGGACACUCCACAGCUAGCUUCACUUCUGAUUGUCUGUCAACCCUGUAAUAAUGAGUUUAUUCAUGUAGUGUAUGAUGUGUUUAAUGUUCAAGUAUAUGGUACCUUUUUAACGUCUUGAAUAGCUCCGCUUUGCAGGAAUAUAAUGUUUCAGUUCUUGCAAUGUGACAUUCUUAAUUCAUUUUCUUUUGCGCACCUUAUUCUCAUUUACAUACACAGUUGAUCAUUAAUCAGGUCAUUAGGCAUUAAAGGUGCGGUGUGUCGUUUUUAACGUCCUCUGCUGGCUUUGAUGCAAAUAACAAUCGCAAUGAACACUAACUCCACCUUCAUGCUACAACUAGGUAAGCAUGUUGCGUGUUAAGCAAAAGAUGCAGCACUUAGCAGUGUUGCAGGUGGAGUUCAUUUUUGGGUCAGAACAAUUUUAAAUAUAAAUAAUAAUAAUAAUAAAUUGGAAUGCCAGAUUUAUUGUUAUUGUAUGGAAAUAUUAUGGAUAUUAUUUCUUUUUCUAAGGAAUCAUUGAAAUAAUAUUUAUUAUUACAGGUUUCGAAACCUUCUGCACCUUUGAAAGCUUCAUUCAAAAAAAUUUAUUUGCUUCAUCCAUGUUUAAUUUCUGCAUUCAGCACACUCUUGCUGUUUUGCAGUUCACCCUGAGGUCAAAACCAGAUGAAUUUAAUGACCAGUGAUUUAAUGACCUGAAUCCUUCAGCAGCAACCCACCCAUUAGAUUAGUUAUUCAGUGUGUGAAUCUAUUUUCUGUCGUGCAAAUGUUGUCCAGGGUGUUUAUUUUUACUCUAGUGCUGCAGACGGUGACUGAUUUGUAAGCUCUGUAUAGUGUGAGUCAUAGAACGAUUAUGUCAAUAAACUUUCCAAAUGUGUUUCAGCUA